UCACCUUGCUUCACCUGGUCGGGCUUGAAUACGAAAGCGAGGAAGUUCAAUGUCCAUAACGAUUAUAUAAAUAAUGAGAUGAUGACUUUCUUAUGAGCACUAUUGACUUCUUGACACUCAAAACUUGUCUUUCGCGCUGUCGCGAACUGAGGCACGUAAAGAGAAAGAAAACAUAUCACGUAGUAGUAGCAGCUGACCCAAUUGUGGGCGUGUUUGUUAUUGUAGCAUGUAGGAGAAGAAUGUACUUAUUUCAUUCAUAGUUUUUGAUGUGUUAUGUUAACCGAAUCCUUCCAUUCGAAUAUUCAAAGAAAAACCCAUGACAUUUCACAACAUCUGCCCAUCUCAAGAAUUAACAUUUUAUUAUUCAUAACCUAUACUGUGCAACACCUGUGAAAACAUGGGAUCAAUUAGUGUAGAUAAUAUGUAUGAAAAUUUGUGCAAUAUUUUGAAAGCGCAGGGGAGAGUGGAAAAAAUUUCAAAAUCCUUUUCUGAAAUGACCAAUGAUAAUGACAGGGUAACAGUUGUUUACAAUCUCCUUGCAGACAUGCAACUUCUUCCAUCCUUUCAGAAAUUGAAGAUCCGUUCCAAAAACGCAUCAGAAUCUACAAGAUUAAGGAAUGAGGGUAACAAAUUGUUCCAAAGAAAGAAUGACAAUGAAGCAUUAAAGCUGUAUACUCAGAGCAUCAUGUGUGCUCCUGUAUCUAAUUUAAAUGAAAGUAACAGUACAGACAGCAUCUCUCUUGGAUUUGCCAAUAGAUCAGCUGUCCUUUUUGCAAAAGAAAAGUUUGAGGACUGUCUUAAGGAUAUAGAACGAGCUUUUGAAUAUGAAUACCCUACCAAACUGAGGUACAAACUCUUGGAAAGGAAGGCAAAAUGUUGUUAUGCUUUAGGCAGGUUAACUGAAGCAGAAAAGUAUUCUGUGGAGGCUUUAAAAUGUCUUUCUCUAGCAGAAGGUUUGUCAGAAGAGAAGAGACUACAGAUUGAAAAGGAAUUGAGAGAAUUCCUAAAACUACCCAUCAAAUUAAAUUUCCCAGAGAGUAGUUCUCCAGAUUUGUCCCAUGAACUUCCAGAAAAAACAUAUGAUCAGCAUCCCCAAAUUCCUUGUGCUAGUUUGGCAUUGAAAAUUUGUUACAAUCCAGAUAUGGGUCGAUAUGUUGAAGCUGCAGAAAACAUAAGGCCAGGAGAUAUUCUUCUGGUGGAGAGACCCUAUGCAUCAGUGCUGCUACCUGAAUUUCACUCUUCGCACUGCUCGUUGUGUCUAAGGCAUAGCUGGUCACCCGUGCCUUGUUUGCACUGCACAACGGUGGUGUACUGCAGCCCGCAGUGUCGUGCUCGUGCAUGGGAACUAAGUCACCAAGUGGAGUGCUCUGUGCUACCAGCGUUGGAGCAGUUGGAUGCUGGGAAGUUUAGCCUCCUGUCUCUGAGAAUCGUUCUGAUUGCUAGUUGCUGCGGGAAUAGUCUACCUACAUUUCUGCAGCAGCUGGAAGCAUUGGCGCGAGAGGAAGCGUCUGCUAACAAGGCAACCUUGGGGUUUGAUGCCAAUGGCUUAUAUUACUCUGAUGCUUAUGGACCCAUAUAUCAUCUUGUUGGGAAUACUGAAACAAGAACGGCUGGUGAUCUCUUCCGUCGAGCAGUCACUGCAGCAUGUGUAUUGGACUGUCUCCAAAGAAUGUCUAGCUUUUUUCAAACUCAUGGAGGUGACAAUGGGACAGCUAGUGCAGCAGUUGGUGGUGUAUUACUCCGCCACUUGCAAAAUCUUCCAUGUAAUGCACACGAAGUAACAGAAUAUGUGCGGAUGCAGUCUACAGAGGGACAUCAUGUAGCUGAGAGUAUUGAAAUAGGUGCUGCAGCCUAUGCAACUCUGAGUCUUCUUAACCAUGGAUGUGACCCAGGAGUUGUUCGUCACAGCGUUGCUGGGGACUGUGUAGUCCUCAGAGCUUUACUUGCUAGACAACUAUGGCCAGCACUAUGCACUUCAUCCUCGGUCUGUGCGCCAGGCUCACCUGCAGAGCCAAUACCAUUUCUCCUGCAGCUGCGAACCCUGCCUAAAAGAUUGGCCCUGCUAUUCCAACCUGCCAUCUACUUCACCUCGAUACCUGUGUGUGAAAUGUUGCAGUCAACUGCUCUGUGAGGAAAAUGCAACUUCCGUUAUUUGCUCAUUGUGUGGGGAGAAAACUGAUCUGUUGGUAUUGCAACAGAAGCUUCUCUCUUCUUCAAAGAAUUUCUUGCAGCUCUUGACAAAACUGCUAGAAGGAAAUGAGCUAACAGAUGCAACACCACUUGUAGAACACUUGGAAUUGCUGGAUUCAAGAGUGAAGAGGCCUUGGAAGGAGUACAGUGACUGUCAGGAGACACUGAAACAAUGCUUCAAUCUGCAAGGCAAUUACUAUUACCGUUGAGUGAAUUGCUAUAUUAAACUAAUUCAAAUAUGUUUUCUGUACUCAUUAACAAAUUCAUAUCUGGGCUUUGAAUACUGAAUAGCUGAAAACUGUGGAUAUUUUUUCUUGCCUAAGCUUGGCCAUAAUUUCACAAUUUACAAGGAUAGUUAACCUUAUGUGUAAAUUAUGUAACAUAAUAACCAGAGUGCAAAGAGAGAGCAAAAUGCAAAUAUAUGUUUACAUUUUUUAUUUUUAAAAGUUCAGUAGAAAAAUUUAGAUGAAAGAAUAUGAUUCAGUGUUGUUUUUUUUUAAAGUGUUAUAAAUUUAUGACAUUUUUUAAACAGUAUUUUCAAUCUCAAGUUUCUUGAUUUUAAAGAAAAUCCUCGUGUAUAAUAUGUUUUGGUAUCUAGCUUCAUGCAUUGGUUUUGAAGAGUGUUAGGGUAUAUGAAGGUAAAAAAUGAGAAUUAAUGCUUUUUGGAAUUGAAUUUUAUAUAAAAUUAACUUUAAGUUAAAUAAUCUUAGAAAAUGAUAAGUUAUUUUGAACAGAAAAUGAUGUUAUAUAUUUUACCCUUACUGGAGUUAUGGAAUUGAAUUAUUGCAAGCUGUUACAGUGCAAUAUAAUUUUAAUACACAAUCUAAAGUUAUUACAUAAUGAAGUAUUUUUGUCCUUGGUUCUGAAGUGCAAUAUUCAAGAUCUCCAUGUAGUUCUGUGAAAUCUAAAGAAUUUUUAUUUUACAUGUAUUAUUGUAUUUUUUUUAUUCUAGUUGAAAUAUUUUCAAAUAUGUAUUUAUAGACGCAUGUGCGAAUAUGAAUCUACUGUUAAUAUUCAAAUAAUUGUUCUAUUUUUUGGCAAGUUAAUAUAUCUCUGGUUUGUGCAGGUAUGGAUUUGUAGAGAGGCACACUUUUGCUUCCGCUAAUACCCAACAUUCUUUGCUUUUAUUCAUCCCAGUUUACAAAGAAUAUGCAGUGAGGAAAAUGCCUUAUCAUAGGUGUGCGCAGCCUAAAACAAGAAGGGGGCCUACUAUAUUUCUGAGACUUUUUCAUUAAUUUUUUUAUUUAUAUAUCAUUUGUGGGCUGCAAUAGUAGCACAAAUAGGUGUUGAGAUAAUUGAGUUUCAAGUUUUCACCUUGAAUUGAAAUGUAUCAUUCUUGCAUUCACAUUUCUGCAAUUUGUUGGUGGAAUACUGUACUGUAAGAUGUGCUGCAGGAAGGUAGACCAAUUUGCAAUUCUGGAGAGUGCUUCAACUCAAAAUUCUUAUUCUUUGAGUUGUGACACUAUUGCAGCCUACAAGCAAUAUGAUAGAUUUUACUAGUAAGAAAAUAAAUAAAACUUACUACAAGGAGAAUGUAAUUGUAACUCAAAUGAUACAGUUAAUAAAUUCAAUUCAUUUCAUGUUGAACCUUUCAUAGUGUUGCCACUUGGCUGGGAGAGCCCUUUCCCCAAACUCUCACAAAAAUUCCCUAAUUUGUCAGGUGAAAAAAUGGUGGAAAUCAGGAAAUUAACACAUAUUUUUGCAAAUAAAAUGUUUUAUUAAUUAUUAAGUAAGGUUAUGGGACUACUUUAAAAACUUUUAGGGAAACAUCAUGCCCCCUUCCUCCCCUGCGCAUGCCUAUGUAUCUCAUAAAAGGGUGUUCAAAAGUUAUUGCCUCUCACACGUUUUACCUGGAAAUGUCCAUUCACAUGAUUUUUUAAGAGUUUGAGAUAAUAAUUGUAAGUGUGUGACAUUUCAUUCAUCGUUGUUAGUUGUGGUGUGAUCCUAAAGUUUGAGGUCGCAAGUUCUGUGUGACUUGUAUUCUGGUUGUUUGAUGUCCCAAGAGCAGUGGUCAGCAACCGGUGGUCCACGGGUCACUGGUAGUACAUGAUAAAUUUUAACAGUCAGCAAAGAACAAGUGUACCAUAUUUUUUCUAGAAAUUUUAAUAAAAGUUAAAAAUAAUUGAGAGCCAAGACACUUUUUUAUUUUCAAUAAAAUAUAAUUUUAAAAAAGUAUUGUAAACUUAAUAUGAAACUUGAUUCUAUGGAAAAUUGCAUUUUUAAUACUUUCUUUUAACAAUUAUGUUAGUGGUCUGCGAAAUUUUAAAUCAUGAAUUUAAUGAUUCACAAUAUCUAAAAGAUUGCUGAUCACUGCUCUUGAGUACCCAAGUACCUGAUAUGAUAAUGCAGUUCAUCUGGCAUUCAUUACUACUGCAAAGAGAAGUUGUACGAGGCACAUUAAGGCAACGAGACCCCUUGUUGCAUGAAGCAUGAGUGCAGAUUUUUUUUCUAGUUUGUCAAGCUAUAAAAGUUAUUUAUUUAAGUUGGUAUUCCUCUAAUAUUUAGUAAAUUAUAUAUUGUAAAUGAAAUGAUACAAAUAUUACAUAUAUUUAAAAUAAUUCGUUUAAAAAACAACUUAAUACUAAUUACUCCAAUAUGCAUCUUUUGUAGUCAGUUUUCUGCUUGAUAUGCUUUGUAACAAAAGUUACUAAGAACACUACACAAUCCUUAAAAAAAUAUAAUAAAAUAUAAUAUGUGUAAUUACAUGCUUUUUGUUUGUGGCAAGUAAAUCAAAAUUUCUUCCUGAAGAAAAAAUAUGACUUGACCAAUGUAAUUGAUGUACAAUGAAAAUCAAACAUAAUGCAUGUUAAUAAAACAACUGAAGGUGGUAUGUUGAAAAUAUUAAUACUAAAUAACUUGAAAAAUUGUAAGGUAAAUAUUAUGUAAAUUAAUUAAAUAAUUGUUAAUGCUAAUAAAAUAAAUCAAUGAAAUAAAUAAAUAAAUUUCAGAAAUAUUGAUUUUUUGCCACAUUACAAGAUAUGCUUUUACUUAAGUACAAUUUUUAAUAUUGAAAGGCCUUAUAAGGAUCUUAGAGAAUGAAAAUGUAAUGAAAAAUAAGAUGGUUUCAGUGUGUUUUGUCUCGUGUUAAUAUUCCAAACAUACUCAAAUAGAUUUUGUAGUUUGCUGCCAAAGUGCUCUUGCAUCUAUUGUUGCGGAUUGUGGUGAACCAUCCUAUUGUGCCAAUAGUCAUCAUUUUGCUGUUGUUUCAUCAUAUGAACAUCACUGAUUAAAACUACGUACUAAAGACCAAGUCAUAAAAUAAUGACAUUGUUAAUUAAAUUAACUCAUGGCCAGUUGCAAUAUAUUUGGGAGUUAACUCCAAAUACAUUUCCAAAUAUAUUUUGGAAGUGGCAACAUUUAGACUAGCAAUUAUGUGAUUCUAUCUAAAAUUUACUGAUGCAUUUAUCAUUUAAGGGUCUGGGCUGGUCAAAUGUAUUGUGCUUUUCAGUGGAUUUACAUUUUAUACUAAUAAGUAAAUAAAAGUAAUUAAACUCUUAAGCAUAAUAAAAUCAAAUGCAUAUCAUAAUGUUACAACUAAUGCAGUAGGUCUAUGCUCUAACCAGUGCCUGACCAUGGUACAAAAAGUAUUGUGCCUGACAAAGGAUUGUAUGAAUAAAAAUGUGUGAACUAAGUUUGAAAUGCGUCAGGAGGUUGGAAUUAGUUUCUGAAUUAUUAUUAUUAAGAUUCUUGAACCUGCCUGGAAGAAAAGUAUUUAAGGAAAUAUUUUACUGGGUAUUGAACUUUGUUUGUAUUUGGACCAGAGAUGUGACUUGUUAAAACAUUUCCUACUUCCAUUUGAUCAUGUCAUUAUAAGUGCUUUGUUCCAUUUUCCUUAUAUUAUCUUUAUUUCUUUAAUCACUACUGUUCUUAAAACAGUGCUAUAAAGAUUUAAAAAGCGUUUUUCCAUCUACAGUUAUGAAGACUAUCAUUCAGUGUAACUCCGCAAAAGUUACUAUAAAAUCUUUGAUGUUCCUUUCACUAAACAAAUUAUAUAAUGCAUAAUAUAUUUCUGUAAGUAAACACUCCAGGUCCUGACCUAUAGAAUCCUUAACAAAUCACACUGAUAAUCAACUUAAUGUAGACAAUAUGAAGUAGAUCAUAACAAUGUAUAUGAUCUUUUAACUCAUUUUCAAAUAUUAGUGUUUUUAGUGAUACAAUACAUUGCAAAUUUUGAAAACAGAAAAUAUGUCAUCUUAUUAAUAGUCAAUUCUGAAUUUCUUCCGAGUAUGAAUAUUCUCUCUUAAAACUAAUGCACUAUUGCUGAGAUAAAGUGCCAAUCUUCCUGUUUUCUUAAACCCUGUACAUUUAUAUGCUCUAUUAAAUAAUAAGUAGUGUAUGACAUUACAUUUUUCUAUCCACCUACUAUUUGAAUGUACUAUUUAUGAAUAGUUCUACUUCUAAGAAAAAAAGCCUAAUUAAUUUUUUGUUUUGUUUUGUUUUGUUUUGGAUUUGGUUUGUGUUUAGGAGAAGAACUAGAAUACAUACUAAAUCAACAACAAUAAUAAGGUUGUUUGAGUUUUCAAGACUGAAAUUAUGAAACUGAAAAUAUAUUUAUAUCUGAAUCGAAAUUACUCGGGUAAAAUAAAAAUAGCUUCUUGGCAGACAACUUCAGCUUUAAAUGGGAAAUUAUCUUGUCCAAUAACAAACUGCAUAUGUUUGUACUUUUUAAAAGAUAAUGCAAUUUAAUUUCUUGUGAAGAUUGAAACACAAAAGAUAUAUGCAAAUAUCUGUGUUAUAUAGACUAUAGUUUUAUUGUUGAACUAUCUCUAUAGCAAAGAAAAUAUUUCAAAGUAAUAACUGUCCUCAAUACUCUUUCCAAGAACUAAGAAUUCUCACCCAUUUUAAUUGUUGUUAAACGUUGUUAUGUGAAUGUUUCCAUUUUAUUUGGAUGUAGAUUUGGUGAAAGUGUAAAUUAAAAUAUAAAGUGAAUAGAAAUGAUGAUGUAGAGAAUGUAGCAGGUAUCUUCUACUUCGUGACGCGGUAUUGACAACUAGCGCCACAAUGACAAAAAAUCCGAUGGCGAACGAAGGAAUUGAUGUCGUCGCUCCGCCCGUUGUCUUCAUAGCAUCCGCUACGACUUCCACCGGAGGGUCGAAUGCGAUUCGACCAUCGAUGUAGGUCAUAACGGGAGAUCGCUUGCGGAAAUGCUCGAUCACCACAUCCAGAUCGGUGUAAUUCUGGUCGACGCAGCUGCCGUUGUGGUAGGCGUCGUGCAGCAUGCCGAAGCCGUCGCCGCCCUGCAGCAAGAAGAAGGGCAGCACGACGCCGUACGAGGCGUCGUCCUGCAGCGGC